CAGCAUAAAUAACGGCUCAUUCUGCAAAAUCUUUCUUUGAAAUUGUCGUUUGUUCGUGUCGUAGUACUUUUUCCCAUUGUGUAUUUAUUUUAUAUUAUUUUGCAAGAAAAUUUACUUUUUUUAUUAUAUUCCAACAUUAUCGACCACCAUGUCGUCGUCGACAAAUGAAAUUUUGCAUUUUUAUGUCUCGGAACAACUGAACAGCUUUAGCCGCGAAAAAAGAUGCUGUAUGAAGUACAUGGGUCAUUUGUUUGAAAUUGAUCCGCAAUUCUUUGCAAAAAUUGUCAAGGAUUUGCGUCUGCGCAUGCGACCACACAUUGAUAACAAUGGCCAGGAAUCGGUUGUUGUUUUUAAGGAUAAAUGUUCACACAAUACAGCGGAAAUUGUGGACUUAAAGUUGACCACGGAAUCAUUGAAGGAUAUGUAUAGGUUCCAUUGUGGCUCAGAUUUUUGUGGUAGUCAGCAGGAGUUUGAAAUGUCGAGUGAUUUUUUUAGUCCCGGCAAUGUACCACCCACCGUGCCACCACAUCGUUUUUCGUUGGGUCCAUUGAAACAGUCCAUUGCCCGUUGUAAUGAGAUGGGCCAGCAAAGCUUUCAACGCAAAAGUCCCAUGCAGCGGUAUAAGCAAAUGAUUUUAGAGGCCUUAUCGCGUAGUCGAGUUGUGGUGGUAAAUGGUGGCGCCACAUUUGGCAAGUCCACUGCCAUACCCAUGUACAUCAUUGAGCAGUGUAGCCAAGAGAAACGGCAUUGUAAAAUAAUUUGUGUAGAACGCGAACAAUUGGUGGCCAUACACAAUAGUGAGCUGCUGGCCGGACAUUUUCAUGAAAAAGUCGGUGAAACUGUGGCCUAUCAGGUACAACUUCAGAGUCGAAUAAGUGACUCAUCCAAUCUGGUCUAUACUACUUCGAGUUUUUUGUUACGUGUCCUCAUGGGCCAGUCCAUAAUGGACAGCUUUCGUCAUAUAUCCCAUUUGGUUGUGGUUGAUGCUCAUCUCCAUGAGGCCUUUUCCGAUUUGUUGUUGCGUGAAUUGAAAGUGGCCCUAAAAUAUCAUCCAUAUCUAAAGGUGAUUUUACUCUCCAACUACAGUCGAAAUUAUGAAUUUCUACAGUAUUUCGGUGAGGGAGAAGAAAUAAGUUUGGAAAUGAAUAAUGAUAUGAUCAAAAAUCAAGUAUUUUAUUAUGAAGAUAUACGUAAGAUUCUGUCGGAAAGUGCACCAUCAGUUGGGAUUCGUAAAGCAUUUAAAACACUGCCCAUUACGUUGGCAACCGGCCACAGCCACAAUAAUAAUGAUAUGCAAACAAAUCUAAUUCAAUUGGAUAAAUGUUUGGAGACCUAUGAACGCACUGCCCACGAUCAAUGUUUUGAAUUUUUCCUCUAUAUGGUGCAAGGAGAACAGGCCAACAUAAAUCAUCGUCAUAGUGUUACGGGUAGAACGGUACUCAAUAUUGCCGCCAUGCUGGGCAAAGUAGAGCAUGUCAAGAUCCUGCUACAUUUGGGUGCUGAUCCCUUUAUUACCGAUAAGCUAGAUGUGGAUGCUUUAAAGGUGGCCAUCUCUAUGAGUAAUUUGGAAUGUGUAGAGCUGCUAAAAGUGGCCUAUUUUGAAAAGUCGCCACAAAUCAAGGAAACUCAUGUUGAUAAUUUACUUAUUUUGGAUUUAAUAAAUAUGUUGGCAACAAAAAAUGAUGUUUGGAUAAGGGGUAACAUUAUUGUCAUUCUGCCAUCUUAUCAACACCUAAUACAACUGAACUAUACUAUAUUAAAGGAGAAGCUAUUGGGUAGUCUUCCCCAACAAAUUUCCAUAUUUAUGCUGCACAAUCACACAGAAAAGGCACAUUUGGAUGCCAUGAUUGCCAGCGAUCCGAAAGUGAUCAAAAUAAUACUGAGCACUGAUAUUGCUGAAACUUUGAUGUGUUUUGAUGACCUCCAGUAUGUCAUUGAUGUGGCAAGGCAAUAUCGUACGGUCUUCGAUAGUGAGACUCAGUGCAAGAAACAUGUCUAUGAGUGGUCAUCGAAACAGAAUUUGGAAAAUCGUCGUUUAUUGGUGACACAAAAUGGUGGUGGUGCCUGUUUUCAUCUGCUGCCCCUGGAACAAUACAAACAAUUGCCCGAAGUUCAGACACCCGAUUUAUUAAGCAAACCCCUGGAUCGUGUUUGCCUGGCUGUAAAAUUGCUAUCUCAACACACCAUGGUGUCGGAAUAUCUACAAGAGACCAUUGUACAACCGCCAUUCACAAAGGUCUAUCAAGCUGUGGAACAUCUAAAGAAAAUAAGUGUUUUCACAGAUCUGGAAGACAUUACAUGGCUUGGUUGUCGUCUCAUUGAUGUGCCCGUCGAAUGUCACUUGGGUAAAUUAUUGGUAUUUGCCAUUCUGUUACAAUGUCUAGAUCCCAUUUUGACGAUUGUGAGUUUUAUGACUACCUUGGAUCCAUUUGAAACUGCCCACUACUCAGAUGAUUUACUUGAGCCGCAUAGGGAUAUCGUCAGGCAAAAGCUAAAAAAUGAACGUAAACAUUUUGCCGAAGGUCAUCUUUCAGAUCAUUUGGUGUUUUUGCGUCUGUAUCAAGAGUGGCAGAAUGAUUUGCGUGACGAUAGCAUGGAUAGCAUACCAAGCGGUUAUAAUUUCACCCUGAAUGGUCUGCUGGAAUAUGUGUGCAAUGUUAGGACACAGCUUGUGGGUGCCUUACGUUCAUCGCAACUAAUUCACAACAAGGGUAACUUGAGUAUGCAUUACAUUAAUCUCAAGUCCAAUUGUUGGCCCAUCAUUAAGGCAGCCUUGGUGGGCGGCCUGUAUCCCAGUGUGUGUGCCUUGGAUAGCCAGUGUAAUCGUUUGAAAUCACCCAAUAAACAUGAAUUGGUUUUACAUCCGGAUUCGGUAUUACGCGACUUAAGUUUGGAUUCCAUGAGAGAUAUGCAUUUCAAAUCGCCUUGGAUAAUCUAUGGCCAGGCCACAAAAAGCUGGAAUUGGAAUAGUAUCAAUUGCAAUACAGUGGCAGGUGGCCUGAGUGUGGCUUUAUUUGCAGGCCCCACAAAGCUAUCAUCCUCCAGCAGUAAAAUUACCACUCCAUCCAAUGCCACAGAAUCGUCGGAAUGUUUAUUACACAUUGAUGAGUGGAUCUGCUUUAAAUUGGCCUACAACGAAGCUGCCCUUCUGCUCAAGACACGACAACAUUUUUACAACAUUUAUGUCAAUUAUCUGCAACAUUGUGGUCUUUUGGAAAAAUUCAAACGUCCCAAUGUCACCAACAGCACCACCAGCACUUCUCAGAACAGCAUACUAAUUGAUUGUAUUGAGAAAAUCCUUGUGCAGGAAGAUCUGGCCAAUGGUUUUCCACAACCAGAACGUAUUGGACUCAGGCCAAAAGCUGUUCCCAAUAAACUUAUGAUGACACUUAAUGGCGGCAUGUUAAUGGCACCAUGCCUAUAUAGGUCGCAAUUUCAAACGUCGGCAGUAUCGAAGAAUUUGCCAACACCGAAUAAUGUACCGGUCCCGCAGCGUAGCAAACAAUAUUUUAUGGUUUACCGAAAGGAUUUGAAUGAUGUUGUUGGUGUCGAUAUGAUUAUGAAUACAUCUUCGUUGCGCCACAGUGAAUGGUUUCACUUGCUCAACAAUUUGUUGGAUGCUAAAACGGACUGCAAUCGUUUAACUUUUAUUAUAUUUUAUACACGCCACCCAGAUCUGCUGAGAAGCGUAUACAUGGUCGAUUGGAAUAAAGGCUAUUUGGAGCUGUAUCCCUGUUUUAAAUUCAAUAUAAACCUGCAUUGUGUUUUAAACAACGUCAACAAUGCCGCCCUAUCCAUGGCCUUGAGUCAAAGAAGAAACGUCUUUGCCUUGGAUCAAAAUACUGGUUUAUUUAUAUUAAAUAUGUUUGCUUAUCGUAACAAUUGGCUACACAGCAGCAACAAUUGAGCUAAUUUUAUAU